AUGGAUUCCUCUCUUUCUAUCUCAUGCGACAUUUACGACCUUUACGAACCAGAUGGACUACUUGCUUCUGAAGAAGUAAUAGUUAAGGGCCAAACGGACCACGGCGUUGCCAAACUGCGAAAAACUUGGAUUUGUGGGGCUCGCAAAGGCUCGCAAAUUUGGGAUUCUCGAUUGGACGAGGGUGAUUUUCUCAUGAUCGAAAAUGUCGAAGUCGCAAAAGCUUAUCGUCGAAUGGGUCUCGGGACAUCCACGAUAUCUCAACUCCUUCAACAACUAAAAAUUCGAAAUAUCCAGUGGGUUUUCACACAUUGGGGAUAUGGAAAGGACAAAGAAACCGAGACGGGAUCUGAAGAAAGGGAAGGCGUGAUAGCCUUUUGGAAAGCCUUGGGUUUUAGACGUAUUGGUCUAUCACACCUAUUCUGUUAUGCGAUGGCAGAUGAUGAUAUCUCGAGGAAACUUGCCAUAGACGACGAUAACUAUUCCUCAGAAACUUCAUACUCGACUGAAUAUGAUUCGACCCGCAUCUCAAGUGUUGAAAGUUGCGAAAUUACGUCCGAGUUUACUCGUGAAAAUUCGUCUCAGCUUAAGUCAGAUCGUAGUUCUCCUGUAGAUAUCGAUAGUCAAUCGGAUCCAGACCGUGAUGAAGUCAGAAAAACAAAAGAAUCGGAGCUCGUUCCUGAAGUGGAUAAUUUAUCAGAAGAUUUGAACUCCCCUUCGGAGGAAAAUCGAGGGAUUGUGGGUAUGUUUUCUUGGGAUUGGUAG